UGAGGAAAAAGGUGGAAGUGGUGGUCACUGUAGAAAGUCUGUAAGCAAAGCUGCAAAAGUAUGGCUGUGGAAGAUCAAGAAGCUCUUGAUGAAUACACGCAGGAUGGGACAGUGGAUCUAAAAGGCAACCCGGCCCGUAGAUCCAAGCGUGGUGGAUGGACUGCUUGCUCCUUUAUUGUUGUCUACGAGAUCUUUGAACGUAUGGCGUAUUAUGGAAUAUCUUCCAAUCUUGUUGUGUAUCUAACAAAGAAGCUCCACCAGGGCACUGUCACCUCUGCCAACAACGUCACCAAUUGGCUCGGAACUAUCUGGGUCACUCCAAUCUUGGGUGCUUAUGUUGCUGAUGCUCAUCUCGGCCGUUACUGGACGUUCGUCAUUGCCUCCAUCAUUUAUAUCUCCGUACGUCUCAAUCUAAAUAGCUUCUCAUUUUAUAAUGGUUUAUACUCGUGGCUAUACUUUCCCAAUCGAGUUUCGUACCCCACAGAGGCCACCGACGUGCACCUUGGUAGCCGAAUCAGUGGCCAUGGCGUCACAGUUUCCCCUGCCGUUAGCGGCGUUCUGCCGCGUACAGUGAGGAGCGAUCCAUCACGGCCGCCCAUGAAGAAUGACGGUGGCAUCCCUACACGGGUUGUCUGCCGUCUGGCUGGAGCGCCGGCCCUUGGUGGCCGGCGCAUGAGGAACGGCGGCGGCGCAUGA